AUGGGUAACUCAACAGUUGCUCCUUCACAGUCGCAUAGUCGUUUACCGGAUUCGUAUCAGACAGAUUUUAAUUCCGAAUUAGUUCAGACUUCCGAGAAUACUUCUGCCAUGGCAAAUGCUUCCACUGAUCCUACCAAAUCUACUAAUACAACAAAUACGACUUCGCACGAAUCCAUUGUUACAGUUAAUCCAGAUGGAUCGUCAAAUGCAACAAAAUCUGUGGUUUACACUACUACGGUUCACAAUACGCAGAAAUCUACUGCUGUGACUAAUGUGGACAGAUUUCCUACUCUUUCUAAUCAAGACAUUUCUACAGCGCAAACUGAGUAUAUGACCCCUGUUUCUCCAAUAGAACCUUCUCGCCCAAUAGUUUCGACUGUCAAUCGCCCGUCUGCUUCUGCAUUAAAUCCCGAAGUUUCUAAUUUGCCCAACAAGGCUGCUUCACCCAAUCCUCCUCAUGAACGUUAUACUCCUCCAUUGGCAACGAAUACAAACCCUUUUAUUACAUCAAAUAAACCUGCGACACCGCCAGUGCGUCGCAUAUCUGUUUUCGUACUUGAGACAAAGCCAUUCCAAAAUCCUAUCGAAACUGUAACUUCUGCUUCGAGAGUUUCGAAUUCAGUAGUAAGGUUCGAUCCAACUAAUGCCAACACUGUUACGACGUCACGUACCUCAGCUGUCACUUCCAAUGAUUCUAAGUCCACUGUUCAUGUUAUCACGACAACAACUACAAAAACAUCUACUCAAUCCACAAAUCUGUCGACUGCUGCACCGCCUAGUAAUCCAAGGGUAUCAAGUCCUAGAAUGGCUGUGAUCUCACCGAUACCCAGUGUUGACAAUAUCUAUAUUAAAUCUAGAACCUCAUCGCCUCCAUUUAGUCCUGAUACGUCGGCUGUUUCACCAAAUUCCAACAAGUCUCUUACUCUUGUUGAAUCAUCGCCAUUUACUAACACGAAUGUUCCAGCAAAGGUCAAGAGUCCUUCAUCAUUUUCGGCUACUAGACCACUAUUUCCCACGCAUUCAUAUCCUCCUCCAAUUACUACUACCACUACCACUACAAAAACAUCAGCUGUACUUCCUACUGCAACCGUUCAAUCUACUACUAAUACUGUAUCCAAUGCAACACUUUCUAGUACAGCUAUAACAAAGGAACCGGCUCCAAAACUUACAAUGUCGACAUCUACUCAGACACGUGAAUCAAGUAAUCUUAUUAGUUUACAGUCCGUUCAACAAAAUAGUAAAACCGAACACAAAGAGAAAGAGACUAUUCAAACAACUAAAAGGAGUCAAAGCUUCGGCACAUCACCAAUACCAUUGAGCGAUACCAAUGAAAAGUCAAAAGAGUCGACACGUACAAGUAAAGAGACACACAGCAUUGCUACGUCACCCAUUCCAUCGUUAGCUACCAACGACAGUGUUAAAGAGAGAUCUAUGGCUUUAAAUAUUGUUCCCGUGCCAAGUUUUACACUACGGUCAACAGCUGUUGCUAAUUUUUCAUCUGAUGAAGAAAAUUUACUAGAACGAACUCAAUCCAUACAUAAAGACAUGUCAAUAUUUAAAUAUCAUAUCACUCAGAGAGAAAUCAAACCACCUAUUGGCAAUCAUACGAAAGCAACAAUGUUUCAGAUGAAUACGCAUCAUAAACAAACACCCUUUCCAGUUCCAUCUUUAUUGUUUCUGGCCAAGAAUUUCAACGAUGGUGCACCUGAAACUGAUAAUGACUCCACAAUAGCACCAACUUUCAGUUCUCUUGGUCUCGAGAACAAUUCUGAUAUCGAAUCUUCAGCCCAUUCGUCAAUAGAAGCACGUUUGAAUGAUAAAAGACAGCAGAAAAAUAACCAGCAGUCACUCUCACCUCACAUUGAUUUCACGAACAAAGACCCAUGGUCUACCUUCGCUUCGAAAACUUCGUCUAAUCCAAACUAUCCUUUCCUCCAAGAAACAUCGUUUCAAACGAAUCCUCCCCCGUUGCCAUCAAUCUUGAAGAAACCAACGUUUCAACCACUUUCCGCAUCUUCUGCCACUCAAACAAAUGACGAACUGCUGAUGAAUCUACGACGUGAUCAACCUGAAUAUAUGCCAUCGAAAACGAAAGCGAUUCAAAGUAUAUCGAGAAGUGAGCGACUUUUCUCCUUCGGAUUAAUUCGACCAAAUUAA